CCUUAACCCCUCUCCCUGUCCCUCUCUCUUUCCUCUCUCCCUCUUUUCAACACCUGCUUUUCUCUCUCCGCGUGUCUGUUUUCUCUUGCUGCAGUUCAGUGGCUUCGCCCGUUCAGCGUUUCUGGCCCUUGGGCUGCUCGAAUCUUGGCAUCGGUUUCGUAAAGUUUUCAUCUUGACAGCUCUCGAGCUGACGAGUUUGCAUUAGAAAACAAGAACCCGUUUUUAAGAGAGCCAGAGAGAAGGCAGUGAGGCCGCUGACCGCGAGUUUUGAGUCCGCGUUGAGUUUUGAGUUCCAUGCGCUUCUGGGUUCAUCAAAACAGGACUCUUCUUGAAGUCUUGAGCUGUUUUCACUCUCUCUUCAAGUCAGAAUUCCUUGGAAUUGACUAAAGACUGUAUCUUGGCGGUGCAGUUUUAAGAGGGGGAUUUCUUGCUCGCCUUAGAAUGCGGUGUACAUGUUCUUGGGAGAGAAAAGGUUAAGGGAAAAGAUGAUGGAACAAAAAAGGAGUCCAUGCAGUGUUGACCACAGCACUAUCACCUCCCUUAUAUCCAAGCGUCACAAGGGUGGCUUAUCCAUUUCAAACAAGGAAAGGAAAGAGAAGCUCGGGGAAAAGAUUGUUCAACUGCAACAGCUUGUUUCACCAUAUGGGAAGACAGAUACAGCUUCAGUACUGUCGGAGGCUUCUGAAUACAUACAAUUCCUCCAUGAGCAAGUUAAGGUAUUGAGCGCGCCAUACCUUCAAACUAUGCCAGCGACUAUGAUGCAGGAAGCGGAGCUGUAUAGUCUGCGAAGCAGAGGUCUGUGCCUUGUCCCUAUCUCAUGCACUGCUGGAUUUGCUAGCACCAACGGUGCCGACAUAUGGGCUCCGAUUAAAACUACUUCCCCGAGACUUGAAAAUCAAUCGCGCACUUCCAGCGAAGGCUCAUCCUUCAGCCAGCUAAUGUAAACAUGAUCGCGCAAGAGGCGUGGACGUGGUGACCGCCUGGUUUCUCAGUAGCGUCAGUCAUUCUGCUAUUUAUAUAUGUAUACUUGAAAAAAGCUUGAGUAGCACAUCUUGGGAAGAUAUGAUGAAAGUAAUGGUUCUGAAAAGUUUUGAAUAUAUGAACCGCUUCUUUGACCA